AUGGAAUAUUUUGAAAGCAGAAACCUAUCCAUUCAUACUUUUCACGAUUCAACCAUCCAUAGAGUUAUUGUAUCUAUUCUUCUUGGACCUCUUACUGCCAUCGUAAUAAUUGGAAACGCUUUGGUUAUUUUGACCGUUUGCAGUCGUCCCAAGCUACAGAAACUCAACUAUAUCAUCCUAACCAGUUUGGCUGUUAACGACUUCCUGACAGGUUUAAUUUCUAUUCCGCUAGAGAUUCACUUACGGACGAUCCGCAGUGAGCUUACGUGCACACUACGUUCUGCUGAAUGGUUUUUCAUAUGGAGUUACGUUUUCGUGUUCGGAUCUCUGACGCAUCUGUUACUCGUCAGCACCGAUCGAUACAUCGCAGUCACGAGACCGUUACGACACGAAGCGAUAUUAACGCCCAGUCGGAUAGCGAUCUUGAUCACGAUUGCUUGGUGCAUUCCGGCAUGUUACGGUAUUGCACGCAUCACCGUAAAUAGAUCGCAGACGAAUGAUGAUUUUUACUCCUACUGUCUUGGUAAAAGAGGCGUCAGCAACGGUGGUAUCGCUUCGAUCGUAUUCGAUCUUAUCGUACCCAUUUCAGUUUUCGUGGUUGGUUUCAUCCUCAUCAUCCUGAAUAUCCACGUGCUUCUCAUUGCAUUCCGGCAAUCCAAUCGGAUCGCCGACAUGACGCGCGCAUUGGACGCGCAUCAUCAGAACGCUAACAACGAGAACAAUAAUGCGCGUCACGUCAAAGCAACCAAAAUCAUACUAUCCAUGGUGGCGUCUUUUCUUGUAUGUUUCUUGCCUACGGGAUUAUUUCUCGGCCUUGCUACGCGCAUCGACGACGACGUGUGGUAUGUCACCGCUGAUGACGUCGCUUAUUCUCUCUUCUGCGUCAGUUCGGCGCUGAACCCGAUAAUAUACUGUUCCCGUGAUCGCGUUUUUCGAGUGAACUUGAUCGAGUUCAUACAUUCGUUAAAAAUAGCUGUCCAAAACAGUGUAAGAUAA